CCACUCUACAUCAUGUCUACAAAAUAUAUCGGCUUACCAGAUAUAGAUUCAGCACCGGAUGUGUUCGAAACUCCUGAUGAACCCGAGACGACACUUCAACCGACCGACUUUGACGCUAAUGAAGAUGCACCUCGCAGGGAAGUAUCGGAGAACAUUGAUCAGUCUGGCCUUCCUGAUAGACAAGCAGCAGGCAGGAUAUUCAGACGACGGAAACGAGAGGAUACAUAUCGUCCAGGACGUAUACGUUCAGCUUCUUCAUCCUCCGACACCCCAUCCAAACCCAUUCGCGAAACUCCUGCUGUCCGACUAAAACGUCUUCAAGCCGAGCUCUCCGAACUCGAAAGAGAUAUUUCUCAAAACUCCUCUGCUCCUCCAGCUGAGACCCACUCGGAUGAAGCACAGAAAGGGAAACGCAAAUCCGUCUUACCGCCUCGACCGACAAAGGAUUUAGUUGGUGAAAUGGGUAAAUUGCGUGAACGACUGGGUUCUUUGGAAGAUCAUUUACAAGAUAAUGUUGGGAUGAGGUUACGUUCGGGGGAAGAGGAUGGUUGGAGAGAUCGAUUCGAGUCUCUGAAAAUUGUUACCUUGCCUGAAAAGGAGGAAAAGGGGUUGGAUGGGAAGGAUAGGAAACAUGAGAUACCUAUGACAAGUUUGUCGAACUUGGAUGAGAGGUUGGCUCAAUUGGAAAAUGCCAUAGGUCUUUCAACUGAGGUUGCGGAUCAGAACCCUACUCCCCUUUUAACAACCAUGACCAAACUUGAUCAUUUACUAUUACUCCUCACCAACCCUCGUAACCUCGAUGCUAUCUCUCGACGUGUCAAAUUACUCCUCGUUGACCUAGACCGAGCUGCCGCCGCUUCCCGUCGUGCUCCUCCAACCACAACAACAACAGAUAAACCUGAACUACCUUCUCUGACUCAAACGGAAUAUCAAUCCUUGCUAUCUCUUUUCUCCUUAUUACCAAGAUUAGAUCCUCUCUUACCUAUCUUACCCCCUCUUUUGAUCCGCCUGCGUAGUCUUUCGAGAUUACAUGAUGAAGCUGGAAGUAUAGCCGAUAAACUCAAUUCCCUCCGAGAAACCGAGAGGGUAGGGAUGGAAGAAAGUAAAGAAUUAAGAGAGGCUGUCAAAAAUGUACAAGAGAGUACAACGAGGAGUACGGAACAAGUGGAGAAAAAUUGGAAUGGAUUAGAUGGAAGAUUGAAAGAAUUAGAAAAACGUUUAUGGGAUCUUAAGAAUGGAUGAUUGAUGAUGAUUACGAGUAUAAAUGUCGUCGUGCAUGUGAUAAGUUAUGU